UGGACGCUGCCGAAGAAAUGGAGCGGAGGUUCGCAGCUAGCUUCUUAGAAAAUGAGGAUUAUGGUAGAGAAGGAGACUCGUCCGAACUUGUGAAAGCAAGGGUGGAACUGGCCGCCCUGCAAAACAAAUUCGAAAACAUGGGAUUCGUAGUCGGACCCGUCACGUAUGUAGAACAGGUGACAUCGAGGACCGCACCAUGUGGAGCGAUUGUAAACAGCCAGAUCCCGGUAAUGGCGUCCCCAACCGUAACUCAGCCACCUCCACCGCCACCCACCAUCGAGUCACCCGCAAGAACGAAUGAGUCUACUGCUAUCUUGGAGCUAACUAAAACAUUGGUUAGUCUAAUCCAAGAAAGCAAGAAGGAACAGCGAGAGCACAACGCUCGAUUAGAAGCUAUGAUGCGGAAUAUGCGACCCAUUGCGGUGCGAGCACCAAUGCAGGGAGGCAUGGCUGCUGCACAAGUUGCAGCGGGGCCAGCCGGGAUAGCGGCAAAUGCCUGUUUUACAUGUCAUCAACCGGGACACUUGGCCCGAGAUUGCCCCCAUCGUGCUAUGCAGCCUCGAACCGGGGUCGCGGCUGCAGCUGCAGCUCGCAUAGCUAACGGUCCAGGACGUGUAGGAGCCGUGAUGGAUGAUCAAGGGGGAAGUAAUGGAAUGAUGAUUUCCAGUGAAGAAGCAGCCGAGCUUAUCCCGUUGGAGCAGUAUGUAUCACUAGGAUACCCGGGGCUGGGAAUGAUUGGGACUAUUCGACAGGAACUCGAGUCCAGAGAUGUCGCCGAAUGGAGGCCUUCGUCGAGCGAAAUGGAGACGGGAGGCCCUACCUUUGUUACAAGGGAAAUCGAUGUCCUCGAGGUUACCCGAGCACUGGAUCAUCGAAUCCCUCUCCCAAUCGGCCACCUACUCUCCAUUUUGGAACAGGCGAACGAACGUAUGAUGCAACAUUGCAAAGCGAACCAGAAGCGAUUCGCCCUUGCACGCGCAAAAGAUCAGAAGGCGAAGGCGCCGACUUCGGAGGAAAAGGCGGACGUCGCCCCUGACCCAAUCCGAGUCGGAUUGAUACAGAAAGAUGACCACUUUCUUCGGAUCAAGCCGAUUCCGUGGAAGUCAGCCGAAUGUGAUAUUGAAGUCUGGGGAGUGCCGUAUAGUGCGAUCAUAGAUUCGGGAGCGGUUGUCCUAGCGAUAUCACUCCGAGUAGUCGAGAGAGCGGGUAGGAAGAAUGAUUUGAUUAUGCUAACCGAGAAGGACCAGCUCGUAUCGGCUGACGAGGAGAAGAUCAAGACAGUAGGGCGAAUGACGAAUGUCGCGUUCCGAUUGGGAAAAGUGCAUGCUUUAGGAGAUGUGGUGGUGCUGGAUGUGAAUACGUAUGACGUUCUUUUCGAGCUUCCUGCAUUGGUGGCGCUGCGUGCUAAUUUAGACUUCGAACGCCGAUCCGUCAUUCUCCGAAAUACCGAGGGAAAGUCGUAUGCGUGGCGGACGGAAGUAGAGGGGGACCUUCUCGGUUUUCUAUUCGGGGUAGUGCGUCCAGGCUGUCGGAGGCUUCUCACCCAGGAGCUUACGGUCACAAUUGCGCAGCUGGCCGACGAUCUUGACGUCAGCAUUGUCUCCCAGAUCGACCCGCGCUUGGUGCCCCACGUCACCUCGCACACGCUGUUGCCGUAUCUUCAGUGGUCAUCUUGCGUGGAGGGCUUCCCAUCGAGAAUUCCGCCUUCACGGCUGGAUUAUUUGGAUCCGCGCGACAUCAUGGAUCCCGCUUUCUACAGACCACCAUACGAGGACGAAUUGGAGGAGAUAAUCCGCGAGGAGCUCGCGGAAGAAAGUUCGGAGGAAGAGGAGGAGAAUCUGAACGAAGACGAAGGGGAGCCGACACAACAGCGAGAAGGAAACGAAGAGGAGCUCCUGCAAACGGAGAGCGAGGAGGAAGCAGAAGAAGAAGACAGCGAGCAAGGGAGCGAUGACGACAACGACGAGGAGCACGCCGACGAGGAUCCCCAGCUAGAAAUUGCGCCGGUUGCUGGUCUUCCGAUCAGCAACGAUCCAACGCUCGACCCGGAGCCACCUUAGCCAGAUGACGCCCAUGUGGCCCAGAUGGCUGGGCCGUCCGCUCGCCGGCCUCCUUCCCCACCGC